AUGUCGUCUUCCGUUAUUGACUUGUUCUCGUUACAAGGACGAACAGCGCUUGUGACGGGCGCUACAAGAGGUAUUGGCCAAUCAUUGGCAAUAGCUUUAGCAGAAGCCGGUGCCGAUAUCGUACUUGUGCAGCGAGACGAGUCCAAUCAGUCGACCAAAGAAAGCAUCGAGAAGCUCGGCCGCAAAACAGUCAUAUAUGUUGCUGACUUGGCCUCUGCAUCGGACGUUGGAGGGCUGACGAAACGUGUCCUUGCCGAUGGUCACGAUAUCGACAUCCUAGUCAACUGUGGUGGCAUCCAGCGGCGGCAUCCAGCACAUGAGUUCCCAGAUGUCGAUUGGAAUGAGGUCCUCCAAGUCAAUCUGAACACGGUCUUCACUCUCUGCAGAGAUGUUGGAGCGUAUAUGCUUCAGCGGACGCCGAAGGGCCCACCAACGAGCUGUAUCCCCCACCGUGGAUCGAUCAUCAACAUCGCAUCGCUCGUUUCGUUCCAAGGAGGACUGAAUGUUCCUGCGUACGCCAGUGCCAAGGGCGGUGUUGCACAGUUGACAAAGGCUCUGUCAAAUCAGUGGGCAUCUCAGGGUAUCAACGUCAAUGCUGUAAGUCAACUUCUUCGUCUCCUGCAGUCGAAAGCUGACAUUCCUCGGAUCGCACCUGGGUACAUCCAUACCGAUAUGAACGAAGCCCUCAUCAAAGAUGAAAAGCGAGCAGCGAGCAUACUGGAGCGUAUUCCUGCCGGAAGAUGGGGCCUUCCGGACGAUUUCAAGGGCUCUGUAGUACUCCUGGCCAGCCGAGCUAGUCUGUACGUCUCUGGUGAGAUCUUGACUGUCGAUGGAGGUUGGAUGGGUCGAUGA